CUCUGCUAGAACAUCCCAUUUCUAUAAAAAAACAAACCUAGCCCCCUUCUGAACUCCCACUCCACACGGACAGUCCAUUUUUGUGUAACCCCAAAUCCUAAAGAGAAGAGGAAUAUAUAUCUAUAGUUUAUAUAUAUGGGAUAACAAAUACAGAGACAAAAAGCACAAAAUAUAUUUCAUAUUUAGUUUGGAAAAAAAGAAGGGGAAAUUGAAGAGGGGAGAAUAUGGGGAGGGGAAGAGUAGAGCUGAAGAGAAUAGAGAACAAGAUUAACAGGCAGGUGACUUUCUCAAAGAGAAGAAAUGGGUUGUUGAAGAAAGCCUAUGAACUCUCUGUGCUCUGUGAUGCUGAGGUUGGCCUUAUCGUCUUCUCUACCCGUGGCAAGCUCUAUGAGUUUGCCAGUGCUGGUAUGAGCAAAACCCUUGAACGGUACCAACGUUGCUCCUUCACUCCACAUGAGAACAGCAUUGAACGUGAAACACAGAGCUGGUACCAAGAAGUCACAAAACUGAAAGCUAAAUAUGAAUCCCUUCAGCGAACUCAAAGGUAUUUGCUUGGUGAAGAUCUUGGACCGCUGAGUGUGAAGGAGUUGCAAAAUCUUGAAAAUCAACUUGAAGUGGCUCUUGCACAAGCCAGACAAAGGAAGUUGUACGUCGAUCACAAAUAUGAAAACACAACUAGAGGAUCCUAUUUCUAUAGCUAUCAUCAUCUGUCUAAUGAUAGUGACACUCAGACACAGCUUAUGAUCGAACAAAUGGAGGACCUGCGCAAAAAGACUGCAGUAAUGCCAUUGCACGUAUGUGGUGAUCGAUGGAGGGGUGGGGAGCGUCACCUUGGAGACCUUAACAAAGAGCUCAGGGUCAAGCUUGAGGCAGAAGGGCAUAAUCUGAAAGUCAUUCAGAACAUGUGGAGCUCAAAUGCAGCAGCUGGAAGUAGCAACUUUUCUUUGCAUUCUUCACAAACCAAUCCCAUGGACUGUACACCUGAACCUGUCUUACAAAUAGGGUACCAGCAAUAUCUUCCAGCUGAGGGACCUUCUAUUCCAAAGACCGUGGCCGGUGAGACCAACUUCAUCCAAGGAUGGUUUCCCUGAAAACCUUCAAGGCCAAAAAUGAAGGAUAUAUAUUUAUAUAUUACUGCAGCAUCACUGUCUGAUAUAUACACACAUAUUCUGCUUUGCAAGAAUAUAUGACUUUAUGCUUUGUCUAGAUUUAUUGUUUUGCUUUAACAAUUGUCAUGGUGCCAACAUAUUUACUUGAGUAUGACAAGAGGUGUUUAUAUU